GGUAACUUUUGAUCUAACAUUAAAUAACCGAGAUGGAACUAAAUGAUUUUGGAUCCACCACUUGUCUCCUUGGAUCUCAUGACAAAAGUGGCGCACAGAAUGAAGGGUUUUCAUCGGGUUAUGAUUCGAAUCCAGAAAUAGACACUGAAACUUACAGGAAGAAAAAUGCUGACAACUCUCUUCACUGGACUUGGCGGGAAAUAAAUGAUGCAGACGAUUCAGAUAGUGAAAUCAGUGAUACGGACUCCUGCAUAAGCCAAUCAGAAAGCGAGGAUGAAUCAUGUGGACGAAAGGGGGCGUGGUUUGACGAAGAGGCGUGGUCAGAGGACGAAUCGUCAGAAUCCGAGGAUGAGGAUUGCAUGAAAUUCGUUAAUACCGAGACAGUGAGGGAAGCUUUGAACCACGUGAUUACCAUGCCUGACCUUUGUGACGUCAUUUUCUUAGUGGGCCCAAGCCUUACCCCGAUCCACGGCUUGAAAUCAAUAAUGUCAACGAGGAGCAGGAUAUUUUAUCAGCUGAUUUUGAAAGCAACAAAGGAAGCAGCGGGUAUAGCUUCCAAGAAGAAAAAGUUAAAGAAAAAUAAAUCUGCUGAUGUCCAGAAACCAGUAGUCAACAUCCAUGACGUCAGUGUGAACAUCUUUAAGAGGAUGGUAGAGUACAUUCACACCGGAAGUGUCGACAUAGCGCCACAGGAAGUAACAGAGUUGACCUGUGCCGCUCAUCGCUAUGACUUGCCAGAUUUAGUGGAAUUAUGUAUAGAUUUUCUGGAAACUUGUUCAACUACAACUACCAUAUACACCGUCCUUGACACAGCUAAACGACUCCAAGGUGACAGCAUCGCAAACAAGAUUGUUGCUAAGAUGACUGAACGCUUAAAUAGAUUGGAAGCAAAGAAAACUCUACGAUUCAGGAAAGAGAUGUUUCAGUGAACAAUGAUGACUAGACACUUGUGAUUUAUCGGAAACAGAGGGCCACGAAGAAAAA